UCAACGGCCAAGCCGACAUCCAAACUGCCCGCGCUGCUUGCGCCAACGUUGACCGUGAGUGCGAAUCUCGGUGCUGCAUGUAGUCUUUCAUACAUGGAAGCACGGAGGACCAGAUACCAGCGGUCACUCCUCAGUUGUCCCGCUCGACGAUAGCAUCAUCUCGACCAACUCACCAACGGCACAACACUGCACCUGCGCGUCAUAUACACGCCGCCGCGCUGACCUGCCGACGGAUCGCUCUCACGCACCCCAGACUGUGCCCCACGAGGCUGCCCUGCCCGUCACAGCCUCCUGAGCCUCGCACAAGCACGCUCCUCUUGCAUCUUGCGCCCGCCCAACAAGUCCAUCACUCAUCACCUACAAAGCCUACAAGCAAUUCUUCGAAAUGGCGAAGCUCUUUAUUGGCGGCCUCGCGUGGCACACCGAGGAAGGUACUCUUCGCCAGAAGUUUGAGGAGUUUGGUGCCGUCGAAGAAGCGGUGGUGGUCAAGGAUCGAGACACUGGUCGCAGCCGCGGCUUUGGCUUUGUGCGUUACACCCAGGAGGGAGAUGCCCAGAAUGCCAUCGCCGCCAUGAACAACGUCGAAUUUGACGGCCGAACCAUUCGAGUCGACAGGGCCUCCGACAACGGCCCCCGACACGGGGGCGGCCGUGGCGGCGGCGGCUUUGGAGGCCGCGGCGGCUACCAGGCCCAGAUGCCGUACGGUGCCGUCCCUCCCCAGGGCCCUGGCUAUGGCGGCGGCGCUCCUCCCAUGUACCAGCAGGUGGCAUACGGCCGCGGCUACCCUGCGCCGCAGCCCGGAUACGGUGUUCCUCCCCAAGGCUACGGCGCCCCGCCGUACGGCUAUGCGGACCCGUCCCAGCCGAUGGUCCAUCCCCAGCAGCCGCCUCCUCCCCAGGGAGGCAGGGGCUACUAA